AUGGCUCGAUAUAAAGCACCAUUUCAUCAAUUACGUAUUCAAUACAAUACUAAUAAAGGCAAAAAUUAUACUGAAGAAGAAGAUCGUUUUCUUCUUUGUAUGUUACAUAAACUUGGUUUUGAUAAAGAAAAUGUUUAUGAAGAACUUCGUUAUGCUAUACGACAAUCACCACAAUUUCGUUUUGAUUGGUUUCUUAAAUCACGUACAUCAAUUGAAUUACAACGACGUUUAAAUACAUUAAUUACUUUUGUUGAACGAGAAAAUCAAGAAUUAGAAGAACGUGAACGUGCUGAAAAGAAAAAAGGUCGUACAUCAACAAAAAAUACUAAUGCACUUAAUUCAUCACAAAAUUCUCAAUCAACACCUAUUGCAAAGGUUAAUGGUAAUCAGAAACGUAAACCUGAUGCAUUUGCAGUUGCAUCGAAUAGUUCACCUGCUAAACGAAAGAAAAAAUGA